CUCCUCUCAGGCUGUGGUUUUUCUGUAUAUGUUUCUGGAGUCCUGAGCCUGAGCUAAACAAAAGCAGGAGGCUGACGGGGCUGCUGGAGUUUGCAGAGACACGGAGGAGGAGAGAGCCUGUGCUUUGCCUGCCGCCGCGGCUGGGGGAGAUCUGGCUUUUGCAACAGCCCACCCCCUUUGAGAUCACUCUGGCCCGGAGUGGGGGUGGGGGGCAGCGGGGGGUGGGGGGGGAAAGUUUGCAUUGCAAUCCCCCUGCCUUCCUCUCCUUUCUCCCGAUCAAUGCAUAUUUGCAAAAGGAUUAAGCCACAGAUUUAAGCGCCGGGAGCCCAUUUCUGCCUUGCAAAGGAGACCGGACUGAAAAACCCAAAGCCAGCUCUGAUUUCUUUUCGCCAAGUGGGAAGGAUUUGAAGACAAGCUUGAAGGAUAAAAAGCCUUGGUGCUUCCCAGGAGCCGAGCCGAGGAGCAGAAGAGGAAGAGCCGGGGGCUGCCGUAGCCUUUGGAGAUGGACGAGCAGCCCAGGCUGAUGCAUUCCCAUGCUGGGGUCGGGAUGGCCGGACACCCCGGCCUGUCCCAGCACUUGCAGGAUGGGGCCGGAGGGACCGAGGGGGAGGGCGGGAGGAAGCAGGACAUUGGAGACAUUUUACAGCAAAUUAUGACCAUCACAGACCAGAGUUUGGAUGAGGCGCAGGCCAGAAAACAUGCUUUAAACUGCCACAGAAUGAAGCCUGCCUUGUUUAAUGUGUUGUGUGAAAUCAAAGAAAAAACAGAACUGAAGGAGGCCAGGAGUCGGAAAUGCCCCUCAUUGUUCUUUUUGGUGACUAGGAUACAAAGUUCUGUUCGGCACAGAGUACUCUCCUCUGCUUCUACCUCUGGGAACCCCGUUACCCCCCAGCCCACACACCACCACCGCAGUUUUGGGUGGGGAGAAGGCAAAGUUUUGAGUAUCCGAGGAGCCCAGGAGGAGGAACCCACAGACCCCCAGCUGAUGCGGCUGGACAACAUGCUGUUAGCGGAAGGCGUGGCGGGGCCUGAGAAGGGCGGAGGGUCGGCGGCAGCGGCGGCGGCGGCGGCGGCUUCUGGUGGGGCAGGUUCAGACAACUCAGUGGAGCAUUCAGAUUACAGAGCCAAACUCUCACAGAUCAGACAAAUCUACCAUACGGAGCUGGAGAAAUACGAGCAGGCCUGCAACGAGUUCACCACCCAUGUGAUGAAUCUCCUGCGAGAGCAAAGCCGGACCAGGCCCAUCUCCCCAAAGGAGAUUGAGCGGAUGGUCAGCAUCAUCCAUCGCAAGUUCAGCUCCAUCCAGAUGCAGCUCAAGCAGAGCACGUGCGAGGCGGUGAUGAUCCUGCGUUCCCGAUUUCUGGAUGCGCGGCGGAAGAGACGGAAUUUCAACAAGCAAGCGACAGAAAUCCUGAAUGAAUAUUUCUAUUCCCAUCUCAGCAACCCUUACCCCAGUGAGGAAGCCAAAGAGGAGUUAGCCAAGAAGUGUGGCAUCACAGUCUCCCAGGUAUCAAACUGGUUUGGAAAUAAGCGAAUCCGGUACAAGAAGAACAUAGGUAAAUUUCAAGAGGAAGCCAAUAUUUAUGCUGCCAAAACAGCUGUCACUGCUACCAAUGUGUCAGCCCAUGGAAGCCAAGCUAACUCACCCUCAACUCCCAACUCAGCUGGUUCUUCCAGUUCUUUUAACAUGUCAAACUCUGGAGAUUUGUUCAUGAGCGUGCAGUCACUCAAUGGGGAUUCUUACCAAGGGGCCCAGGUUGGAGCCAACGUGCAAUCACAGGUGGAUACCCUUCGCCAUGUUAUCAGCCAGACAGGAGGAUACAGUGAUGGACUCGCAGCCAGUCAGAUGUACAGUCCGCAGGGCAUCAGUGCUAAUGGAGGUUGGCAGGAUGCUACCACCCCUUCAUCAGUGACCUCCCCUACAGAAGGCCCUGGCAGUGUUCACUCUGAUACCUCCAACUGAUCUCCCAGCAAUCGCAUCCCGGCUGACCCUGUGCCCCAGUUGGGGCAGGGGCAGGAGGGAGGGUUUCUCUCCCAACGCUGAAGCGGUCAGACUGGAGGUCGAAGCAAUCAGCAAACACAAUAAGAGUCUCCUUCUCUUCUCUUCUUUGGGAUGCUAUUUCAGCCAAUCUGGACACUUCUUUAUACUCUCUUCCCUUUUUUUUCUGGGUAGAAGCCACCCUUCCCUGCCUCCAGCUGUCAGCCUGGUUUUCGUCAUCUUCCCUGCCCCUGUGCCUCUGUCCUAGACUCCCGGGGUCCCUGCCCUCUCUCAUAUCACUGAAGGAUAUUUUCAACAAUUAGAGGAAUUUAAAGAGGAAAAAAACUACAAAGAAAAUAAUAAAAGUGUUUGUACGUUUUCAUGCUGGUGGUUUGAGGAGCCAAAUUUACCUCACUCGAAUCCCUCACUCCCUAUGUUAACAGGCAAUCCCUCUCUGUUUCUCUUAUUACUCUCACUACCUCUUAGCAGGAAUACGCCACAUUGCCCUACUCAUUCCAGGCCUCCCUGCUUCCUCUUGCUCUUCCUCCCUGGGGACAGUACUGAUUGGAACACUUUCCUCCUCUUCCUUCCUAGCCCCAGCUAUUCACUGGGGACUGUCAUAGCUGGGAUUCUAAAGGUGCCACAUGUUUCAGUUUCAUCUCCACUAGGUUGGUUCCCGGGCAGGAAGUCAGGCAGCAGGGAAGGACACGGGAACAGCGGGUGGAGCAUUCCUACAGCCUUUCUUAUCCUGCUAGCAACAGCUCUCAGUUUCAGAGGCACAGUCUUUGGAGACCAUUCAACACUCAGAAAGCAGUAUUUAGAACCUAUUGCAAAACUGGGGCUGAGUUAGGCAUGGUGAUGAAUGCAUCAGCAAGGAAUAGAAAGUUCUUAUCCUGAAACCCUUCAACCUCAACUAUGCCUUCAUAGACACACACGUUCAUGCACAUGUAGGCACAUGCACCAUCUCACAUCUUCGCUUUCCCAAGAUGCCAUAUACAAUUACCUACAUUAAUAACUGUAGCACUAUACCUUAUGAGCCCGAGAGAGGGAAUUAGUGACUCUAAGUGAAGGUCACUGACACAGAGAAGCAGUAUGUGUCUGGGGCUUCCAGGACCUGCAGGCCCACUAGCAUGCACUUAGCAGAAUGGCAUACACAGGACCUGAUCAUGAGGAAGACCAGGUUUCCAGUGUAAACUACUCUUGUUCCCACCACCUCUGGAGCACUCAGGGAGCCACAUACAGUACUUACAAUGUCUUUAAUGGACUUGGUUCUGUUUCAUUUUUUAUUUUAUAUUAGGCACACUGUAUUAAUUUUCCAAAAUGUUAUACCACACUAUGUUCUUGGUCCCAACCUAUUGCUCUGGAGGAAAGAGUUGUGUAAGAACGUGGCUCAUGUGAACUUUUGCUAGCUUCAUUUGAGGACCUGAGAAUCAUGGGGAAAGGGAAGGUAAUGUUUUCAUUGAAAUCAUCACAGUGAUUUUUAUUCCCUGGGAACACAGCGUGUACUAAAAAUACGUGAGAAAAUAGCAUGUACAUGAAAGCUAUUCUCAAAAGUCACCUGAGUUCACCAUCUUCAUAGCCAACCCUACCAGCUAUAAAGAUGGCAGCUCUAUCACUUGAUUAAGUGGGAGGUGGUCAAAAAUUUUGGUGCCUCAUUUUCUUCAUCUGUGAGACAGGAACUGUUAUGCCUGACUUACUAAGAGGCUUGUGAGAGACUGAAGAAGUUGAUUUUAUUCAUAUCCAAUCUGUAAAUGUGAAGUCAAGGGAAGUAGUGUCCCUGAAAUAAACGGGUUCAUGCCAUCUAGGGACAAUAAAUGAGUUUCUUGUUGUAAUUUCUGGUUAAUAUCAGUACCUUGAUGUCAUCACCACGAUGACAAAGAGAAGAGUUAUUGUUGAUCUUCUUGGUUUUGGUCUGUCUGGUUUCUUAGGAUAAAGAAAAACUUCCAAACUAGAAAAACAGGCCCUGGUUCUCUUAGUUGGCACUUGAACCCAAUAUGUUGCCUUGUACAUACUUGGUCCCUGUCACACUGACUGCCUGGGAGGCUUCCAGGGAGAAGUAUGAGACCCUGAGGGGUGAGAAUGGGCAGGUAGCAAGAACAUGGAAAUUCUGCUUAGCACUACAGUCAUGAAUAGAAAACACUGGGUGUGCUCAGGGGAGCAGGGGGUGCCACUGAAGAAACUCGAGGGAAUGUGUAUUUGAAGGAAAUGCAAAAACUGAAUAUUUAGCAAAAUGAAAUUAUGCCUUGAUGACUAAAAGGCACUAGAAAGGUUGUGUCUACUAACUUCUGCCCUGAUCAGAACAGAUGCCUAGAAGGAGCAUUUUUGUGACAACUUCAUAGUGAUUAGAAUCAGUGGAGAACUCCAUCUUAGUGGCAGGAAUAUAAUGAAACUACCCACACAAGAACAUGGUUGAAUCACAUUUGCUUGACUUAGGGCAAAUUACAAAAGAGAGACAAAAAGAUUCUCUUGGAAACAAGAAGAGUGACUCCAGAUGUGGCCUGAAUAAUUGCCAUGUUAAGUUAAUGCAAAAGAUCAGAACAGUGCUACAUUUGCACAGGCAGUUUCUCUCCGGGCAGUAGUUUUCACUGAUGAUCACCUUUCACAGCAUUUUCCCCAACCAGCAUUUCACUUAGUCUUCUCUAUACCCAGCACCUCCCCCGGCGCCCCCUGCAAGCCCACUAUCACUUCCGACUUCCAACGUGGCAUCCGUGAGAUCUGUCCACAUUAGGCGAAGGAGGAGAACACUGAGAGCAGCAGGAUGGGUUUGGAAAGAGCAUGCCUCUGGAAACACAGCUUCCUGGGAAUUCACAUGAGGCCAGUCCUACAGAUAGCAAGAUGCACCCCAGGAUUUCUUCAUUUCUAAUAGAUGUGGGAGUGCUCCAUUUUCCCCGACAGCGAAUUUCCCCUGAGAAACGAUACUAGACCCUGGGUUUGCUUACCUUGUAACUCUUCCUUAUCUCCUACUUUUCAUCCCUAAUUCCUCCUCCCCCUGGCGUGGAAUUGACGCCCGUGCAGUACAUUUGCUAAGUGGCACCUUCUUUGAAUUUAUGUUUUAUUUUGCUAUGGUGGUGAUUCUUUAUUUGCUGGUUGUCUUUUCUCACACAUCUUUCUCUCUCUGUCUGUCUCUUCCCUGCUUUUUGUUUUUCUGCCCAGAAAAACCUGACUUCGAUACCAAAAAAGAUGAAACUACAGAAACUCAAAUUUAAAAAAAACUUUAAAAAAAACAAAAAAAUACUCAACGAUUCUUUCAGCUUUAUUAACAUUUUCCAUUGUUUCUUGCGACUUGUGUCUCGUUCUUUGUAGUAUUGAUGAUGAACAUUUGAUAAUGAAUGUUCUUGUAUAUUCAGAUAAAGAAAAAAAAACCAAAAAAGCGGUCUGAAUUUAAUAGUGUUUAUAAUAAAAAUUUUAAAAAUGACCCUCAUAGCACGCAAAACAGGAUGGGGAAUUUCCCCUCUUCUUUCUGUGACAAUGCGCAUCAUUCCUGCAGUAGUUUUUAACACCAAACUACCUACAUUCAUCAUUUCCCUCAUUUUUCUUUUAUUUUCUUGCAUUUGUGAAUUAGUUCAAGAAUGCUAGAAAAGUGUCGAGUUGUGCACAUCCAUUUCUUGUUUCACAAUGUUUAAAAGUGACAGUAAUUCAUUUUGUAAACUAAAAAAAAAAAAAGGUUGGAAUAGUGAGCAUAAUAGGUACAACCUAACACAUUAUUAUGUUUAUUAACUUUGAGACCCAGAAAUAAAUUCUUUUCUUUUCUUUAUUCUUGCUCUUAAAAAUACAAAAAAAAAAAAAUGUUUUGUUUUGUGUUAUUUUUGGUUUGUUUAUUGGGGGGGUUUUUUUAAUUGUCAGGAUUAUGAUCUUGCUGUUUUUCUUCAAUAUGUAUACAAGGUGAUGUGAAAAGAUGACUUGGGCAGAGUAGUAAGAACAAGUAGGCUUGUUCUUCUACUUUGCUUCGGAAUUCAGUUAAUGCCAAAAGCAAAGAUCAAGCCCAUGUUGAUGUCUCAUUGCUCACCUGCAUUUCCAGAGAGUGUGACACGCAUGCAGUCCCGGAGAAAAAUAAAAUCAGGGACACGCUUCUCCUUUUAGCCUUUUAAAAAUACAAAACAUUUAGUCCAAGGGAACUUUUUAUGCUAUCAGAAAAGGUUUUUGCCGUUUUUGAUUCUGAUUGUCACAGCCAAGUAUACUUUGUUUUAUUUCUCCCUAAUUAAUAGCUACAUUCCAUGAGGCCUCUUCCAACUAGAGAGGCCUUUUCUUCCGGGAGAGUCCCGCAGGAGAUGCUGGUAUGAUGGGCACCAUUGGCUAAGAAAACUACAUGCAGGAAGCAGUCCUUGGGGCCAGUCUGCCAGCUGAGUCCUGGUUUUGGAUGAAGAGUUAAUGAGAUACUGGGCCAGGCUCAAUGCUGUAGUUUUAAUGCUAAGAGGUUGUUUACUUCACAGAGUACACCUCUUAGUAACCUCUGACUUGGGCAGCUGCUUAAAGCAAAUUGCAAAACUGGCUUGAUUUGGAAUGUUUUUAUUAGAGGAAAAAAGAAAGCCAUAUUAUCCGGAAAAAAUUUCAUUUUAUAUGCCAUUAUUCAACAAAUUAUGUUCAGAAAGUGGUCAGAACUUAAGCAAGAAAAGUAAAGAAAGAAUGCAGAAUUGUGGAGCAACACUUUAGGAAAUAUUUCUACCUGAACACUUGCACUCUUGAAGUCAUAACAAAAUAAUGAUGAGCUUUUCACAUCACCUUUAUGCUUUCAAUCCCUAGCUCAAAGCUUCCUGGAAUCUUUUAUUUUUUGUAAACUUUUUUUUCUUUUGUUAAAAUAAAUAAAACAUUCAAUGUUUUUCUCCUUUUCUCUCUUAUUCUUUUCUUUGGCAUUUUCAUUUUGAAAUGCUUUCCUUUGGUUGUUGGUUUUAUUCUCCCCCUACCCCUCCCCUUUUCUUAUUAUUCAGAAUAUAAACCUGCAAAGCUCUGCUCUGUUUUGGUUUUGAAAGUUUAAGCUUUUCUGCUUCUGUGAGAGCACAGGCUUCUGUCCCUUUUGAUUCCAACUGAACUUUUGUGUUCUCUAAUGAUACUAACACGGUGUAGGUUUUACAGUCUCCUAAUUUGUACUGGUAAUGCAUAUUCCAAAUAAAUAGUUUCUUUUGUUGCAAAAAAAAAAAA